AUGAUGAUUAGCCAGAAUGAGGCCAAAUUUCUUUAUCAUUUGGUUAGUUUAUUACAACCUAAUCGUAUACUUGAAAUUGGUGGAUUUACAGGAUAUUCAGCUAUAGCUAUGGGAUCUGCAAUGAGACCAGAUUCAAGAUUAGUCUCACUUGAACUCAAUCCUGUUCAUAUUACAACAGCUAAACGUUUUAUAAGCAUGGCUAACUUACAAGACAGAAUUGAAAUCAAGGAGGGGCCCGCUAAUGAAAGUUUAAUUUCUUUAGGUGAAAGCUCUUUAAAGACUCAAUAUGAUUUGAUCUUUAUGGAUGCCGAUAAAGGUGGAUAUAUAAAUUAUUACGAAUUAAUCAUGAAAUACGAUUUAUUGUCUAAUAGAGGAGUUAUUGUUACAGAUAAUGUGCUGUAUAGAGGACAAGUUCAUAAAGUAGCAGGAUACGAAAAGCAAGAACCUACUAGUGAAAUGUCCAAGAAUAUUAAGAAAACAGCACUGAAAUUGGCCAAUUUUAAUAAAUACAUUGCAAAUGAUUCAAGGGUUGAGAUGGUAAUUCUCCCCAUUUUUGAUGGGUUAUCUUUAAUACGUAAAAAGUUAGUGAAUUAA